AUGGAAAUGAACAGGUUGCGGUCAAUGAUUAAGGAUCGUAUGAGUAAUAAUGCUAAGAAAUACUUCGAACCAUUGCUCAAAAUAGCUGACGAAAAAGAGCAAAAGGUCUCACAAGUGGUUUCCGGUGCUGGUUCAAGCAAACUUCUUGCCGCAAUACCUCAGGGAAAGAGCAAGAGUAGUGAAAAGGUCGAUAGCCUUGGCAAAGAAAUAGAACAUGAAAGAACCAGCAAUGAAAAGAAGGGAACGUCUAGCUUAAGGGUGAAACGAAUGUUGGAUCCAACCGAAGCCUCUCAACCUAAUCAAAAGCCGACGUUAUCGACGAUUGCUGGUUUGCUGAAGUCUGUGAGUAACAUAAAAAUUACCAAAAAUUCUCGGGUCCGUAUAAAAAGGGUGAUUCUUUCAAUAACGCUUACAAUUUGGGACCAGCGUUUUUCCUUUUCGGGGUAA